AUGACCACUAAAGUCAUUUAUUUCACGGUGAAUGGGAAGCUAGAGAAAGCAGAGUUUCGAUCUGACUGUUCUAUUGCAGAUGUCAAAGAUCUGUUCCGGGCGGCAGCCGAGGCCGGGCCGCACGACAUCCUGAAGAUGUACAACCCCAGCGGCAGCAUGGUGAACAUCUCACCCCGGCUGGAGGCCAACGACAUGGACUCGUGUUACCGGCUGGAGGUGGUGGCUUCAGAUCUCCAGAGUGUGGCCGUGCCGACAGAGCUGGACAGCAUGGAAAACAGGCUGCAUCACCUGGAGAGCAAAGUGCUGGAGGAGGCCGGGAAGACUCCGGAUAUUGUGUUCGAGCUGAAGAGCCAAGUGGAGGCUUUUAAGAGGAAGCUGGAGAACGUGAAGCACCUCAGCUGGCUCGGUCUGUUCAAGGACAAGAACGAGCAGCAGGCCAAGUUCUCCCCCAAAACCAGGAGGAGCCGGCAGAACGUGCAGGAGCAGGAGCGAGUCCGCAGGCAGUUUCUGCACAUGAGUUCACUGCAGGUGACAGAGGAAGUGAGAGAACACCUUAAAACUCCCAUUUUCGACAACUGGCAGUGGGAGGAGGCGGAGAUGAUGGUGCUGCUGCAGGUGAUGUACACCGACCUGGACUUCCUGAUGGUGUUCCACAUCGAGCUGGAGGUGCUGCAGAACUUCCUGUUUGAGGUCUACUGCCACUACAACAACAUCCCCUUCCACAACUUCCAGCACUGCUUCUGCGUCACCCAGAUGAUGUACGGGCUGAUCUGGCUGACAGACCUCAGGAAUAAAUUAGAGCGAAUCGACUUGUUCAUCAUGUUGACCUCGGCGCUGUGCCACGACCUGGACCACCCCGGCUACAACAACGUCUACCAGAUCAAUGCUCAGACUGACUUGGCCCUUCGCUACAAUGACAUCUCGCCUCUAGAAAACCACCACUGUGCCAUCGCCUUCGGGAUCCUGUCCAAGCCAGAGUGCAACAUCUUGAAGAACCUGAGCAGCGAGCAGUACAAGCAAGUACGAGGAGGCAUGAUCAAGUGUAUUCUGGCUACUGACAUGGCGAGGCACAACGAAAUCCUGAACAAGUUCAAAGUCACGCUGCCGGUGUUUGACUUCAAGAACAAGGAGCAUAAGGAAGUGCUGAUGAAGAUCAUGGUGAAGGUGAGCGACAUCUCCAACGAGGCGAGGCCCAUGGCUGUGGCCGAGCCCUGGCUGGACUGUUUGCUGCAGGAGUUCUUCAACCAGAGUGACACAGAGAAGCUCAAAGGUCUUCCAGUGACUCCGUUUAUGGACCGAGACAAGGUGUCCAAGCCGUCGUCCCAGACCAACUUCAUCCGAUUUGUCCUCUUGCCGCUCUUCACCGAGCUCACCAAGCUCUUCCCCUGCCUGGAGCAACAUAUUCUGGAGCCGGUGCGACGGGCGCUGGAGUAUUACUCGAACAUGGAGAAAGCCACGCAGGAGGAGGCAGGAGCAACCAAAUCAUGA